GAGAUGGAGUGCGACCACGAGAGGCAGGAAGACAGUGGGCGUCGGUGCUUCAAGAGCUGCCAGUCCGACUAUGACUGCCUCAGCUCCAAGAAGAAAUGUAUGUGUGACGGAAAGUGCGGAAAAUCCUGCAUCAAUCCCCAUCUUCGCUGCUUGCCAGAACCCAGCAACAUAGCACACGGGAGGGUCUCUGUGUCUCCAUUCAACAGGUUCGGAUCAAUAGCAGUGUACAGCUGCGACGAGGGCUACGUUCUGGAGGGACUCCAUGCUCGCGUUUGUCAGGGAGAUGAGACCUGGAUGGGGGAAGCCCCCAGAUGUGAGCCAAACCAUGGGUUCAUCGGCCACAACCAAGACUGCGGACCUUCUCCCGUGAUCCCUAACGCGGUCCACAGCGGCAAGACGUACCAGAUCCGGUUCAGCCUGGGCACCAACCUGAGGUAUACCUGCCUGCCUGGCUUCGUCCAGCACAAGGAUAGCGUGGUCAACGCCUGGUGUGUCAGUGGAGGGGUCUGGGUCGGACCCAACAUGACUUGCAGCUCUUCAGGAUGUAGCUCGCCUCCUAAAAUCGCCAAUGGGCGUUUGGAGCUGCCAGCCCAGAACAUUGUGGGCAGUCGAGUGAAGUACACGUGCGAGCCCACGUACUUUCUAGUUGGCAGCUCUGAGAGAGCUUGCUUGAAAGAUGGCACCUGGGACGGGCGGGAACCCAGCUGCCAACAGGUGGUCUGCGGCCCUCCACCUGUCAUAGAAAACGCAGCGCAUGAUGCUCCCAAGGACCAGUUUCGCUUCCUCAUAGGAACGCACCUUACCUACACCUGUUCCUUUGGCUACCACAAGGAGGGCGUGGACAAGACUGUGUGCAGUGCCAAUGAGGGCCAAUGGAUCGGGCCUAAUAUGAGCUGCAAAGCUCGCGAUUGCGGCGCCCCAGGCGAGAUCAAUAAUGGAUGGAGGGAUCCCGGGUACAGAUUUACAUAUCCGACCAGAGUCACUUAUCACUGCAACGAGGGAUUCGAACUCCAGGGAAUGUCCCCGUACAGAGAAUGCCAGGCCGAUGGAGACUGGUCGGGCACCUUGCCCGAGUGUGAACCCGUACACUGUGGCGAACUGGGACCUCCCGUCCAUGGCACAAUGAUCGGCUCUGGAACCGACUACGGAGCUGUAGUGAGAUUUGUCUGCAACAAUGGAUACAGAGUGGUCGGGUCGUUAGAGCGGACCUGUCAGUCUGACGGCACAUGGAGUGGUCAUGAAACAUUCUGUGAAGAAAUCAACUGUGGAUUUCCUGGACCUCUUUGGAAUGGCUAUCUUGACGGACACAGCACUGGCGUGGGGUCUGUCAUUUUCUUCAGAUGUAACAUCAGGACCAAAUUUUAUGGUACCUACUUCUCAACUCAGUGCCUGGAAAAUGGACAGUGGUCACACGGAUUACCGCAGUGUUUGGGACAGUGUCAGAUCCCUUCUGUCAUGAAUGGAACCAUCACUAACGGACGUGAAGGAGUCUGGGUUGACCACGGCUUUGUAGUGGAGCUGGUGUGCCUUCAUGGGCUGGUGCUCAACGACUCCAGGCCCGUCAUCUGUGACAACGGGACCUGGUCCAUUAUCCCCAGGUGUGUUCCUGCUCCGUGCAACACCCCUCCACCACAGAUUGCAGAUGGACACAGGGUUUUCUUUAACCUGGCUCAUGGGAGUCGAGCCCGAUACUUCUGCAUCGCCGGCUACCGACUUGUGGACUCUCACCAGUAUAUGACAUGUGAGUUCGGAGCUUGGGUUGGGAUGCAGCCGCGUUGUGAAGAAAAUUUCUGCCCCAACCCAGGUAGACUAGACAAUGGAGAAAUCCUGAAAUUGGGGACCCAUGGAAAGUUUCAGUUCAGCGAUUACAUCAUCACCAUCAAACACGGUGACCGCUUAGAGUACCGAUGUAGCAAGGACCAUAAGCUGGUGGGCCCCAAAGGAGCAGCAUGUGUCAAUGGGAAAUGGAGCCCCAGUGAUAAGCCUAAAUGUGUCAGGUCACAGCAUCCUAUUUUCAACAAGCUGUGGCAUCCGUUUGAAGAGAAAGGCAGAGGGCCAAUGUAUUAUAAAUAA